AUGGCGAUCUUGGAUGUAGAUAUGCGAUCUGAUGAGGAUGCAAAACUCCGAACAGGCCGUAGUUCCAAUAGUGACCAUUGUUCUUCUAACCUUAAUACUUCUCGGCAAACCGUCAACACUCACAACUCGAUUUUGGACAUCAGCCGAGACGAAGAGGAAGAUGAGGAAGUCAAGAGUGUCCUUUUUGAGAGCCUAACAGUAGUCUCCAUGGAUACUUCGGAUGAUGAAAACGCUUCAAAAGGAUCUUCUUCCACCCAAAGCUCGAAAAAGUUUUCCCUUCACACCUUUUUGGGAGACAAGUUCAUGGACGGCCUUUGUACUCCUGAGUUCGUCCCUUCCGGUCCUUGCGCGGUUCCUACUGAUUGCGGUCAACGAAUGAACUGCACACGCCCCAGAAUGAGCAGCUCGAGACGAAGUCGUCGCAACCAAUGUGACGAUCGAGUCAACUUAAGCACAGACAUCCUCGAUUUGUUGGGUUGCGCCGCCGAUCCUGGAACCUUUGAACGGGAAGAAAUUUGGCAUAAAAAGUUGGAUUUGUCCAAACCAACUCGUACCAACUUGAAGAACAGACUGCGACGCAUCCGAGAACUUCGCAACAGCGCUCAUCGCAGUCAAACUUCUUCUCGCCAUGGUGUCACCCUUUCCCAUUCACGAAAGCGUUGCUAUGGCUACCCCAGCAUCUUGAAACGUUCUGCUACGUCCGAUGAGCACGAUCCUCUCUCCCAGUACAUUGGCAAGGGAAUGGACCCAAUUGUCCCUGACUACGAUGGGUACGAUAGUGAUCCAGAGGUGCUUUCCAACCAAUACACUCCACGCUCUCGUCAAUCGGUUCCUGCGGACACCAUUCAAAUGAAGGCAUCCAUGGACGAAGACAUGUAUCUUCAAGAUCUUGUUCAGCAAACACUGAACAAAACUUGGACCUUUACUUGGCAUCCAAAUCCACAUAAUGUGAAGGAGUUUGGACUGGAUUCCGAUCGACCCAUCUGUAUCAACAUUUGGAUUGAGCGUGGAACUGCACUUCCAAACGGACACGUUGCCGAGCCCACCAUCAUGUGGAGAGAUGCCUACCAACCUUUCUUGAAUGGCAAACAUCAAUUGAACAAAUCUACGCAAAAGCCAUGGAACAUGAGGCUACUAAGUACAUGCCGUAUUGCAGCAUCGGGAAAGUUGGAUCGCUCCAUUUAUCCUCUUGCCCGAUCGCAGAAUUGUUUUGUCUUGAAAACAAGCUCCGGAAACCAUGAAUUCUUGUUCGAAGCAACUUCUUCCAAUGAUAUGAGAAAGGUUUGCCAGCAAUGGAAACUUACGGUAGCUCGAUUUGCUAGCUUGGCCGUGAUGGAAAACAUUGCAUCAAUUGAACGAGAAUUCUUUCAUCCCUCUUUCAACAACCAAAUGCUGACUGUGGACAGCAGCAGCGAUGAAGGUUAUUAG